UCAGCACAAGCAGUUCAGGUUUAAUAUUUAAGCUUCACCUCCCACCUACUCGCCCUCCCUGUGUGCACGUGCGUGUGUUGGAGCGGAUAUCAAAAGCCAACAGUGAGUCACUUGAGAGAGAUUGAGAACGGCUGGGCCUAGUGGGCCUGGCAGACCGAGAAGCCCUUUUGCUGCCCGUAUCAGUUCCAGGGCAGAAACUAAAUACCUCCACGAGUGGAGCAAUAAGACAUGGAGAAGGCCUGAAGUGAAUACCAAAAUCAGCCUACACAAUGCAGAAACCAACUGGAGUGCCCGUGUGGGUGAGUCACACACCCAUACCAGAAAGCAGCUCACGUGAUGGUGACUCCACAAGCAGCACAUCACAUUCGCCCCCUUCUGUACAGAAGGACAAUAACGAUACAAAAGGGAGUUUGACUAAGCUGAGGUCAUUCAUCCCCACUUCAUGGGGCAGCAUGAAAUGGAAGUGGGGAAAAGACAGCCUGGACGACUCUGAAGCCAGCAGCGGUCAGAUCAAGAUCGUCCCUGACGGAACCAGGGUGAGCCCUCCUGUAAGUCCCUUUCUGGGACGCACGAAAUGGGACGAAACCCCGGAAAGGCCUUUUUUAAAAGAAGCCAGUCAAAGCCCAAAUGACGAUUCUCUACUCACGAGCAUCCAUCCAGCCGAGUACUAUGCUGAGAAGUUGGAGGUUUACAACCAGAAGUACUCUUACUUGAAGUCAUGGCCAGGCCUGCUCCGACUUUUGGCUGGCAUUGAGCUUCUAUUCGGGGCUAUGGUCGUCGCUUGCAUCAUCGGCUACAUCCAUAAAGACAGCGAAUGGUCCAACACAUACGGGCUGUAUAAUGGCGUCUACAACAACGGACUGGGCCUGUCGGGAUACAGCUACAGUGGACCAAUGACUCCCUUUGUCGUGUCGGUGGCUGGAGUGUGUUGGGUCUUGACGAUUAUCCUUCUGGUGUUGGGAAUGACUAUGUAUUAUCGCACCAUCCUCCUCGAUGCACCCUGGUGGCCUCUGACCGAGGCCUUCAUCAACAUCACACUGUUUCUACUGUACAUGGCGGCGGCCAUAGUAUACGUGAACGACUUGAACCGCGGGGGGCUGUGCUACAUGACCAUCGGUAUCAACCCCAUCUUGGCCGGUCUGUGCCGAGUCGAGGGCGGCCAGAUGGCGGGAACCACUUUCAUCUUUAUCAACAUGACCAUGUAUCUGGGAAGUUUUGUGGUCUCGCUAAAAAUGUGGCGGCACGAGGCCAGACGGAGAGAGAGGGUGGAGUUUGAGGACAAGGUGAUGCCGGGGGAGAGCGCUCGCUCCAACCUCCUGGCCCCACCAAAGGCAAAACACAUAUCUUUCAAGCCCAAAGCAGACGCGAGAGGAAGCAAAGGUCAAAAAAGGCCGGAUGUGCUCACCUCUGUCAUCAAGAAGAGCCCCGCGUGCAUCCCCAAAGUGCACAUCAUUGCAGAUUAUGUCAUGAAGUACCCGGAGAUCAGCUGUGUGGAAGAAAGGGAAAAAUACAAAGCUGUGUUCAAUGACCAGUAUCAGGAGUACAAAGAGCUUUACAACGACAUCAGUGCCACCCUGAGUAAGUUCAGUGAGCUGGAUGCUGUCAUGGCACGACUCAUCACGGAUGGAAAAAGCAGAGAGGAUCGAGACAGGAUUCAAAAUAUCAUAAAGCAGUAUGAGCUGAAAAAGAGUGAUCCUGCUUUUUUGGAGAAAAAGCAACGUUGUGACUACUUGAAAGCCAAAUUGACGCACAUAAAAAACAGAAUCCAUGCUUUUGACCAAAAUACGACUGGUUUUGAAUGAUAACAGCCCAUUUUAUUAUAUUAUUGUGAAUAGACAGAUAUAAUUUUCUGAGGAAUGUACAAGAUGUUGCUUUAUUUUUCUACAUCUUUUUAUUUGCACGGCCGCUAUUGGCUUUCAUACUUACUACUACUGUAGAUUAAUUUCGUUUUCGCCAUCUUUGUGGUUGUACUUGUCAGGAAGUGACUGGAGCAGGGCGACCAAAUGCAGCUUGGACCAGGGUUUAUUGAAGAACUCAAAAGACAAACUAUAGUUGCUCGACUAGGGACGUGAAUAAAAGAACAGAACAGAACGAAGACUAGAAACAAGAAGAUUUGUGACUAGAACAAUUCGACAGGGAGUGACACGCAGACAGGACUUAAAUACAAGACAGUUAACGAGAGGCAGGUGACGGUGUUGUUACACUGAUCAGAGCACAGGAGGGGAGGGGCGAGCACACAGACACGCGAACCGAAACUAUGACAUUAAAACAAGGAAAGAAACUGUGACAGAUCUUGACAGUACUAUUAUGUUGUAUGUAAAGUGCUUUGUUACAGCUGUUGUAAAAUUCACUAAAUAAAGUUGCAUUCUAUUGUUAUUUUA